AUGAGCUGUUGUGAAGGAUGCAUCACUACUUCAAUUAAAAGCUUUGAACUCUUUGCAAGAUGUUUGGGGAUAUUCCUAAUAGCUUUUGUAUGGUUUAUGAUAAUAUUUCUAUCUCUUAGUGGGGUGUUCCUAAUAUUCCCAUUAUCUAUUACUGAUUCUUCUCAAUGGUUAUUCAUGUGUCGUACUAUAUUUCUUUUUAGCACAGUAAAUGUUGUCUACAAUUACUACUUUUGCAUUUCAACAGAUCCAGGAUCUCCAUCAUCAAUAGAUGGAGAUUUUAGGGAAGGUAUAGAUAAUGUAAUUGAAAACGAACUAGGAGAUGAAAAUAGGUGUAUAAUGCUAAUGGAGGAAUCAAACAAUUGUAGAGACAAUAUUGGAAUAUCUCAUGGGAUAUAUAGGAAAUGUAAGAAGUGCGGAAGUAUCAAACUACCUAGGACACACCAUUGUUCAGUAUGUCGACGCUGCAUAUUAAAGAUGGAUCACCAUUGCCCAUGGAUAGGUCAGUGUGUUGGACUACAAAAUCAACGUUAUUUCAUUUUAUUCAUUUCAUGGUCCUUCAUUAGUUGUUUAUUAAUAUCGCUAUUUGCAAUGUCUAUCUUAUUUGAGAUUUUUGGAGUGAUGAUAAGUGGUAACAUGUCGUCUAAUUCAAUUACCUUGAAUGAUCCUAUCCUAAUACAAUGCAUAUUUUUCAGUUCUGUUGUAUCACUAUCAUUUACACUGGGUACUGGUUUAUUAUCUUGUUUCCAUAUUUACUUAUUGCUAACUAAUCAAUCAACAAUAGAAUAUAGGCAAAAUUCCUUUCUAAGAAACUACCUUGAAAAGAGAGGUAAAACAUGGGAAAAUCCGUAUGAUUUAGGUAUUAAAGAGAAUAUAAGACAAGUAAUGGGAACAAAUAACUUUCCUUUAUUAUUAUUUUCAUGUUUCCCAACACAAAGCAAAUCAGUAGAUAUAUCUACACCACUUGAUAUAAUUGUUUAA